AUGAAGCCACCACCGCGAGCAACGAGGAGAUCGAGAGCGAAAGCGGAAGAGGAGGAGGGUGCGACGCGUGCCCGUCGUGGAUCGGCAAUCAUCAAGCGAGGAGAUUCGAAGGAGGUCGAGGAAGCUAAGUUACGGGCAGGAAGCGAUUCGGCCGCAACAGAGUUGAAACGUAGCGACUCCGACUCCGCGAAUUCCGAGGGGUCUGACAAGGACGUCAUCGAUAGGGACGCUCACGGGGACGCUGACGUGGACGUCAAUACGGAUGCUGACGGGAACUCUGACAGAGACAAUGACGUGGGCGCCUAUACGGACGCUGACGGGGAUGCGGCUGCGCGAGGCGGUGCGGGAGGCAUGACGGCGUACGAGCAGCUAAGAGCGGAUCGCAUGGCGAGAAACGCGGCGCUCCUCGCGGCGCUCGACACAAGGGGCGUUGGUGGUGGUGGUGGCAGGGACAAGGGGGUGGCAGGGACAAGGGGGUGGCAGGGACAAGGGGGUGGCAGGGACAAGGGGGUGGCGGUGACAAGGGGGUGGCAGGGACAAGGGGGUGGCAGGGACAAGGGGGUGGCGGUGACAAGGGGGUGGCAGGAACAAGGGGGUGGCGGUGACAAGGUCAGGGGCGUGGUUCAUACUUGGUUCCUGUUCCGUGCCUGCUCACCAGCUCAUCAUGCUCUCUCUUUUACAAGCACUCGGCGGUCGUUCCGUGUUCAAACAAGGGCAGCAACAGGAGGAGGCCGUGGUGGUGGUGGUGGUGGUGGUGACGGCGGCGGCGGCGGCGGCGGCUGCGGCGGCGGCGGCGGCGGUGGUGGUGGUGGUGGCGGCGGAGGCGGCGGCGGUGGUGGUGGUGGUGGUGGUGGUGGUGGUAGGGGCAAGGGCAGCGGGGUGGCUCAUACCUUCUUUGUUUGUGUCCCAUGCCUGCUCAUCAUUCUCUCACAUUCAGGCACUCGGCGGUCGUUCCGUGUUCAGACAAGGACAGCGGGAGGAGGCGGCCGUGGUGGCGGGGGUGGCAAGGGCAAGGGGGGAGAUGAGAUGGGGGAAGAGGAGGAGGAGGAGGAGGAGGAGGACGGGGAUGAGGGAGAGGAGGAGGAGGAAUUGGGGAAAGACGGCGAGUAUAUCCCGGAUGCGAUUGCAGAUGAUGAUGAGGAGGAGGAGGAGGAGGAUGAAAGGGGCACACAGUUCACUGCCCCCAAUUUGUGCUUCUCUCUGUCCCUGCUACUGCCUCUGUCCCUCUCCACCACCCCUCUCCACCUCUCUCUGCCUCUCGCUGCCCCUCUCUGCACCUCGCUCUGCCUCUCUGCCUAUUUCUACCUACCUCUGUCUACCUCUGUCCACCUCUCUCCACCCAUCUCCUCUUUUCUCCACCUCUCUCUGCCUCAGGCUAUCGCCCUGUCUCUCUCUUUGACUGGAGGGGAUGGAAGAGGAGGAGGAGAGAAGGGUGGAGGAGGAGAGGGAGGAAGGAGGGGUGGAGGCGGAGGAGGAGAGAAGGGAGGAGGAGAGGGAGGAGGGAGGGGUGGAGGCGGAGGAGGAGAGAAGGGAGGAGGAGAGGGAGGAGGGAGGGGUGGAGGCGAUGAGAGUGAUGCGGGCAGAGGCAGAGACAGGAGAGGGAAGAUCAAGGCAAAGCGGCGUAGGAGCCCGUUGAGGAAGCUUACUGACUCGGAAGCUGACUCGCUCUACUUCACUCUCGAUUCCAACGGUGAGGGGCGCAUAACAGCAGCUGACGUCGCCAGGCUGGCAGCAGUGCACUCUUUCCUGUGGAGCGAGCAGCAGAUGGAGGACAUGGUCUCACUCUUCAGCCAAUCACAGGGCAACGGGAUGGGAAUGCUCGAAUUUCGACACGUUUUAUCACAAUGUGGACGUCUUUAG